GGACUGUUUUAUUGACGCAAGCGUACUGAGGCCCAACAAAGGGCCGAAUUAAAGACGGUUUUCAAGUGAAUCUGAUGUAUUUACGUCUUAAAAAUGGUGAAAUCUGUGAAGUGGCGUUUGGAAGUUAGAGUGUUUGCAAUCUCAAAUCAUGACCGAGGCCUCUGAAAAUGACUAUCUGGUGCGCGUGCGAGCGCAGGUCAUGUGUCGGGACGAGGGCACGGGGGGAUGGAUGGCUUUGGGUGGUGGCGGCCUCGCCGAUGUUAUGGUGUGCCGACGCGGACCAGGUAGUGGAGAUAUCAACGGUGACCAAUCUCAGACACAGACGAGUACGAGCGUAUCCCACACCGAAUACUACAUACACGGCAGACGUAUCAGCGAUAACACUCUCGUCCUCGAUUGCACGGUCAAAGAUGACUUCCAGUACCACAAGGUUAUGCCGACGUUCCAUCAUUGGGUCUCGGAUGAGAAGAAAUUCGGGUUAACGUUUCAGACUGCAGCGGACGCGAGGGCCUUCGACAAAGGAGUUCGGAUAGCUGUCAACGAUCUGUACCGUCUGGGCGGUGCCUGGCCGACGAUGUAUGGCUUCGAAGAGAAAAAUAGCGAGGCGAAGCCGAAGGAGGACGAUGAGGAAAAUAUCUUCGAACCCAUCUACUUCGAGGUGCUGCCGGUGCCGGAGUCGCGCUCCAGCUCGGAGAAGUCGAGCGCCAGCCGGCGCCAGGAGCUGUCGCAGACGCCCAUCCUGUCCGCCAUCACGCUGCCGCACCACGCGCACCACCCGCUCAGCGAAUCUCUGAACCUGCCGUACGAUGACAAACUAGACGAUUCGGAUACAGACCGCUGUCCCUAUGUCCAUCUGUCAGCUGUCCACGAGUACACUUACCCGCAGGUGGGUCCGGGCGGCGUGAUUAGUUCGGAGAAGUCUUCGCCCAACACCAAGCCGCCGCUGUUGAAACGUGAUUCCGGAUCGUUAAAGAAAUGUGGCUACAGCGGUGCCCCGCCGUUACCAAAAAAGCAUACAGAAACUUUCCAAGCGAGGGUUAAAUGCAGAUACUGUCAAGAGUGGUACUUGGAGAGCGCAAACAGGAGAGGCGCUUGUAAGUUUGCACCAGACUGCUUUCGAUCGUGUAUCGAUUGUGUUUCAUGCAUCAAAUGCGCUCAGUGUAUGCUGUAUCACUGUAUGUCUGACUCGGAAGGGGAUUUCGCUAUGCAUCCUUGCACCUGUGGCCCUCCCACUGAAAAUUGCGCUAAACGUUGGGUCGGCAUAACACUUCUGAGUCUGCUAGUACCAUGUCUCUGGUGCUACAUGCCUCUGAAGUGCAUUCACCGGACAGCAAAAGCGUUCAAUCUCACUGGAGGUGUCCACGCUCCUCAGCCCAAAUAGGAUUCACCGUCACAUAUCGCUGAAACGAAUAUGUGACUAAAUUGAAAGUAUCAUCGGAGCUAAAACUGCUGAAGUGUUAAGUGUUUGUGACAAUAGUGACUCAGUGAUAACACCAAUGAUGAAGUGAGGAUUGUUUAUGUGGAGUGAUGAGAAAAUGAAGAAAUAAGCAGGUUAACGGAAAUCAAACUGCACACAUUUGUCGUUAUUUAUAAAAUGAUUUCAGAAAUUCCAAUAUGUGGAAAAUGUGUAUGGAAAUUAAACGUAUAAGAGAUGUUUUAAAAUUUUCCAUAUUAUAAGAGUUUUUCAUAUUAUCUUAUUGAAUUCAGUAUUUAUACCGAGGGUAAUGUAAAGAUAACAUUUUGAAAAUGUUAAUUUGCUUAAAAAAAGUAUUAUGUAUAUGGAAAUAAUGAUAUAUUUAUUAAACAUAUUUUAAUAUAUAAUAGUGGCUAUAAAAUAACGAAUUCCAACUUGCGUUUUAAUCAUAGUAAUAAAAUAAUCUGGUAUGUAUGAUGUACUCCUAAAAGUUUCUAAAAGAAAUGAAGAAAUCUUUAUCCUGUUAAUAAGAUAAAAAUAUCAAUUAAAAUUUUUACUUAUUUAACAAAAACUGUUUUUAGUACAAAUAAUAAGUCUUAACGAACUUUUAAACAAAAUAAAAAUAUAAGAUGUUGACGUGCUUGAAGGUAUUAUAAUCUGUGUCAAGUGUUGGGACAUUUUUUUUAAUGACAACACUUGUUGGGGUGUUGAUUAAAUGGCAUGCUAAACAGUUCAGAAUGCUAUACUAGUUAUUUACAACUUUUAUACAAAAAAUGAAUGAAAUCAAUUGAAUAAGGUUUAUCUGUGUUGCCAGUUUAUGACAAAUUUGAUAACUAUGCUAUAAACUAAAAGGUUGUCCAACUCGCCAUGGUUCAAAAGGCAUUUAAUUGUAUGUAGUGCCAUAUGUAAUCUUUUUAAAAGAUUUGAUUUUCAAAAUUCUGUAAUUUAUAAAGUAAUUGGGUCUUCCAAGUUUUUUGUAUUAUCCAGCAUUUGUUUUUUAUUGUUAUAUAUAUCUGGUUAUAUAUGUAUUGUUUACAUUUUUGUAAAUUCUAUUUAGACGAUACAGUUGAGUCUUGCUAAUCUAGACUAAAAGGGACUGUAACUUUUAUUAAGCUGAUUUACUAUAGAAGUCACAUAUUGUAUCCUGACCAUUUUUUUUUUAAUUUGUUCUUAUAUCUUCAGUCUCAUCUUAUGUAUAGAAUAACAUAGUAUAUAUAUUUUAGUUUUAUAUUUUUUAAUCUAUGAUAGUUUUUUUUUGUAUAGAUUGUCUGGAUUAGUAGGAUUCUGCUGUAUAUAAGUUACAUAUCUCGCUGAUGUUAUAAUUAUUACGCUUUAUAAUAUCUUGUCUACCAUCAUAUAUGUAAAUUAGAAUUUUAAAAAUUAAUAAUUACAGCGCACUUGACCAAAUUCGGUCAGUAUUAAUAACAAUUUGUGUGAUUUUAUUAUAAUCUUUUUUUUAAUAAAACAUAUCUGAUGGUAGAUUAAAUAAUAUUUAAACACAAAUUUGCAUUUCAUUUUAAAAGAUCUGAUUGUUUACGGGUAAAAAUGUUACCUUAUUAAAAAAGAUCGGAUCUUCUUUUGUCCGUUUUUAAUAAUAUUUCGAAUUCGACUAUAACAUGCUAUAUAUCGAAAAUAAUCGUAAUGUCACUUUUAACAAAUAUAAUCGUACAUAAUUAGUGUUAUAUAAAACAUACAUUGAUAUUUUUUAAUCGUUGAAUGGUUU